UGGAGCUCCCCUUCCUGCGCAGGGGUCUUUGAUUGUUGACUUUACUACUCCGUACAUCGACAACUCGGCCGUUAAGCUUCACGGGCGACGCCUUACCGACGACUCGAAAGAGGUGCAUUGCCAGACAACGCGCGUCCUAAUCCGCCGAAUCCCCCAAUUCUACCCCGAUUCUUCGUCAUGGCGUUGAAUCGGAAAUACGCAGCAUUGCCAGACCUUGACUCGGCCCCGGACGUGUACGAGACGCCAGAGCUGACCGACGACACCUCCACUGUUCCUACGACAACCGGACAAUCGCAUUCGGACGACGAUUUCGACGACGACCUCGACGAUGACGCCAAUGGCAUUUCAAGGUCCCGACUUCGGGUAGAUGAGGCACGAUCUCGUUUCCUUCCGGCGGGCGUGGACGCCACAGGGGUCGACUUUUCCGAUCGAGUAGACGGCAAACGCAAAUCAUACAAGGCAUCAACGAGACGCCAGCGUUUCCUGCAGGAUGGUACGGAGCAAUUCGGCGAUCUUAGCGACGAGGACGAGGAGGACAGCCUGGAACGCAAGAUAGCGCGGCUGCAACGAGAAGUAGAGGAAGCCAAGGAGGAGUACGGAAAGAGGAAGGAGGCUGCAGCAAAACCUACGACAGGAGACCAUGACGAGAAAUUAGGGUCUCUCAGCAAGGUCCUGGAUGAGAUCUCCAAAACUCUGGAACCGCAUACCAGCGCUUCUCGCGCACUUCAGCCAGUGUCUCAAUCAUCUGGACCAUCUAAGAAUGAAUCGCAAGACUUGGUGGCACCGGGGAGCUCUGCGACCUACACAGUAACGUAUGCUCCUACCUACGAACAGAGUCACGCUCUUGCCACCGCCGCGGACUUUGACCGACGACUGGUCCUCCUUGAGAAGGCAAUCGGAGUAGGAUCAACCGCCCUGCCGGAAGUCGACAUCAAUGGGCUGCCCAGAGCCAUUCUUCCCACGCUUGAUGGGCUCCAGAAGCAGAUUACAACUCUGUCGCAGGCGUCAACAUCGAAUCUAGAUUCAAUCAGCCGUCGAGUCCGUACCCUCAUCCAAGAAGCUCAGGAGCUGGAAAAGGCACGCCAGGGGGCUAAAUCUGCGCAAGAAACCCUCGGCAAUGGUACGGCAUCCAGCGAGGAUGCCCCGGCUCCCGAGCAGCUGGCAAAGAUUAACGCUCUUUAUGGGACUUUGCCGGCCAUUGAGAACCUCGCUCCUCUCUUACCACCAUUGCUUGACCGCCUGAGGUCCCUCCGCGCAAUCCACUCUGACGCUGCUACUGCGGGCGAGAUGCUUGGCAGAAUCGAAAAGCAACAAACCGAUAUGGCGACGGACCUUAAGCAAUGGAAGGAUGGUUUGGAAAAGGUCGAGGAGGCGAUGAAGGAGGGUGGCACUGCCAUGACCGGAAACAUGAAGGUCAUGGAGGCAUGGGUAAAGGACUUGGAGGGACGCAUUGCGAAGUUGCCAUGAUUGACUUCCGCCGUCAAAAGAUACCCCUGCUUUAAUCGAACAAUCGAGCCGAGUUACAAAUCUCUUGCGAACGUGUCCAUAAUCUGGCCAUCGAUGUGUCGUUGUAGAAUGGCUGAGCCCUUGCGAGGUUUUAGGAUCUAAGCUUCCCAACUUCGACGUGCAUGUAUGUCACUACGGACCCGACUACGGAAAAUCAUCAAAGCACCUUAGAUGAACUCCGCAACCCGAUCAAAAAUUAUUUGAAAUGUGAGAUGCGUUCGAAGUAUAGCAAACUUAUUGCCAGUCUCUACUUCCGCAGACGCCCACCCUACUUCCGUCUGAUGCAUCGGCAUCUGUUUCUUACAGUAAGGUAGAGUGAUCAACAGACAAUGCCCUUCAUAUGCCUGUUUCUGGGCUAUUAAGGUAUGCAGCACAAAUAUGGGGUUGAAGAUGGGUUUCGGUAAGCGGUGAGCACGGC